ACUUUGAUCAGCAGGGUGUAGAAAGAAGCAUGGCGGCGUCCAGUGUGUUCCGACCGGGCUUGUUCAACCAUAAAGUUGCAAUAGUCACGGGUGGAGGCACCGGGAUCGGUAAAGCUAUCUCUGCGGAGCUGCUGGAGCUGGGCUGCAGUGUGGUGAUCUCCAGCAGAAACGCAGACAGGCUGCAGGCAGCAGCUCAGGAGAUGAGGCAGAAGAUCCCUCCUUCCAGUCCUGCGAGUGUCACUCCUCUGCCCUGUAACAUCCGCAGUGAGGAUGAGGUGAAGGCUCUCGUGUCAUCGGUGCUGAAGCAGUACGGACGGAUAGACUUUCUGGUGAACAAUGGAGGGGGUCAGUUUAGCAGCCCUGCAGAGGACAUGUCCUCCAAGGGCUGGAAGGCUGUGGUGGACACCAACCUGACUGGAACCUUCCACUGCUGCAAGGAGGUCUACACCGCAUGGAUGAAGCAGCAUGGAGGCGCCAUCGUCAACAUCAUCGCCAACAUGUGGAAUGGCUUCCCAGGCAUGGCCCACACGGGAGCAGCGAGGGCAGCGGUGGAUAACCUAACCAAGACUCUAGCCAUCGAGUGGGCAGCCUCGGGAGUCCGAAUCAACGCUGUUGCACCUGGUUCCAUCUUUUCCAAAACAGCGAUGGAGAACUAUAAAGAACUUGGACCACAUCUUUUCAAGAUGUCUGUUCCAUUCAUUCCUGCAAAGAGGCUGGGAGUGCCAGAAGAGAUCUCAUCUGCAGUGUGUUUCCUGCUCUCUCCUGCUGCUUCCUACAUUUCUGGAGCCACUCUGAGGGUCGAUGCGGGACAAAGUUUGUAUACAACCAUGUGGGAGAUACCGAACCACAGUGCAUGGCCUGAGGCUCCAGAGGGGCAGAACCUGGAUGCUCUAAAGGAACUGCUCAACCCACAAAGCAAACUCUAAUUCACUGCUGUGACACUUGGUCAAAAGGCAUCGUGGACUUUGAGCCACAAACACUGUCAAAAACACCGCGAUGACCUGGUUAGAACAUCUGUAUAUGUAGUGUGUGACAGAUUAUUGAGAAUCUGCACAUAAUUGUAUCCAAUUGUAUCUAAUUAAUAGCCCCAAAAGUGUCCACAGGUAAUGAUCUGUAGCAUACAAUCUGUUAAAAUGUAUAUAUUUAAUUCAAUUCAAUUUUAUUUAUAUAGCACCAAAUCACAACAAACUGUCGCCUCAAGGCGCUUUGUAUUGUGGGUAAAGACCCUACAAUAAUACAGAGAAAAC